CAUAUUAAAUGUUAGUCGUAACUGUUGAUUCUUAAAAUCAUGCUUUUAACCUAAUGCAAACUUAAGGCGCUAGCUCGGCCGUGUGUGUUUUGGCGUGUGAAUAUCAUGACCGCCGUAUUUAUUUUGCGUAGGCCUCUACUGUCAAUUCCUGGUGUUUUUUCUCAAAAAUUCAUAUAAAAUUAAGAAAGUGAAAGACACAUUAAAAAAGCAGAAAUAAAUAAAAUAAAAUUCAGUGAAAACAAAACCAAUAUAAUUUGGAGCAACCCGCAUGUGACUGUGUGUGUGUGAAGCGUUAGAAAAACGCGGUUGAGCGCCUAGCAUUCGCCCACUCAACGCAAAAAUCUACAAAAAAACAAAAAAAAAAAAAAACAAUUUCGAAGCAGGAAAUAAAAGCGAAACGUUGAGAAUAAAAUCGUGCGCAAAUAAAACGCACAGCGCAGCGCGACAGGGCUGGUGGUGAGCUGCUAUGCUGCGGCGUGGUGUUAUGCGGUGAGUGCGACGUCAGCGGAAGAAUGUAAGGCAGCUUGAUAAUAAAAUACCGCAUAACCACUAUCAAAUAUCUGGAUUAGGAAAUAUUUCGAUUGAAACUGCUACUGCUGUUUAGGUUUUGUAAAAGUAUAGAUGUUGCAGCAUUAAACAAGCAAAGAAACUAGCAAAAAAAAAACAAUACCAAAAUACACGCCAAACAAUUAUUUCGAGUUCAACUCACAACUUUUAAACAUGCAAAAAUGCUAAAGCAUAAAAUCACUUAAAUGAGGGCAAAUUGAAAUGAUUUGCAUUAUUCAAAUUCCAAAAACUAUUAUUUGAUAAUAAGAAGAAAACCAAAAAGAACGUUAAGAAAAAGUAAUAAUAGCCAAAGAGAAAAACGCAAAGCAAAACGAAAGAAAGACAAGCAAGAAAGCAUAAUUUACUGUCUACUCAAACCACUUCUGUCCCAUUAUCCACCAUUAGCAACAACAGCAGUGUACAGUGUGACCAAAAAAACACAAAAAAAAAAACAAAAACAACACUAAUACUCAUUGAAUAUUAUGCAAAUAAACGGCACUUCUUCUGGUCCCACAAUGGCUGCGUCUGAGCCACCAGAACCACCGCCGCGCAAUCCGGAUCGCAUUAACGCUUCGCUACACAAACUGAGCGAAUCUAAAAAUAUCAAAUCACUCGACUCGAGCAUAGCAACGAUUAACGAAAAAACGAUUAACAACAAUAAACCAUUAAAACCGAUCUUAUCAUUGGAUCACGGCAACAGUAGUAACACAACAAGUUUUAGCAACAGCGCAGCGACUGCAACACCAGCCACCAAUAGUAAAAGUGGAACGGCAGCAAGCGCCACAUCGGCUACAGCAACAGUUGCAGGCACAAAUAUAACUUCCGCGCCCACAUUACAAUCAUCAACGGCAGCAGCGCCGCUUGUGUACACUAAACGCGCCACAUCAGCAGCGGCGGCGGCCACAGCGGCAGCGCCAACUGCAGCAGCGACUGCAGUAGCAACAACAACGGUUGCUGAUAUUACACCUACACCUGGUGUCAGCGCCGGUGAUAGUGUUUCGCCGCUCAGUUCGAAUGGCAGCAGCAGCAAUCAGACGCUCAUUUCACCAAUGACGAUCGAUAAUCAACAGCAUCGCCUAAGUUUUCCCAAUAAAAACGAGGUGCAUGCAACACUUAUGGCACAACAACAGCAACAACAUUUAAAUGGCUCAAAUGCAACAACAGCGCUACUCAAUGGUAGCGUCGCCGGCACUAAUGCGGGCAGUAAUGCAUUGAAUGCCAAUAAUGCUAAUGCGAAUUUAGCGACGUCGUCUGUGGGGGCGGCGGCGAAUCAUGUGAAUGCAACAAAUAGCGCAGAUUCCCCCACAAAACUGCGCGAGGAAAAUGAGCGACUUAGCGCGGAGAUACACCGCUUACGCAAGCUAUUGGAGAACUCACCAGAGGGCGCUGUUGGCGGUAUCGAUCUUUCAGACUCCAACAGCUGUGGCGAUGCACAUUCGACCGAUGGCAGCGGCAGCAUGCCACAACAGCGUGUCGAUCGGCUUGAAGCCGAACUGCGUUCAGCAAAAAGUCAAAUAAUGACACUACGCAUCGAACGUAAGAAAUUACGCGCAGACAAAAGUGAUCUGCUUGCACAGGUAAAGCAACUCUGCGCCUCACUGCAAGACAAGGAACAGGAGCUGCGUGAUUUUAUACGCAACUUUCAAGAUCGUGUGCGUGAAACGGAAACCAAUAAUGCAAAACUGACCGGUGAUCGUGAGCGCGAACGUUGGCAAUUAUUAAAACAGGCGCGCGAUGAGGCCGAACGUUCAUUGGCGUUGGCGCAACAAUUGAAUGCGCGCGAUCUACAGCUGCAACGUUUGCAGGAUCAGCUGCAGGAGGCGCGGCGUCAACUCUCCGGCUGUUUGUCCGAUCAGGAGAGCUUGCUGUCGUUCGCACCACUAACACCGCCGUCGGCCGCUUCGGCUAUGAUAAAUCAAAUGAACGCAACGGUGACAGCGAACAAUGUAAUGCGAAAUGACGACAGUGGGCGUGGCAAUUCGAAUUCUUUAUCGGCGUUUAGCAGCAGUUUGAGUGGUGGCUCCGGCGCAACGGCGGGUGAUCGCAACUCCUGUUCGAACGAUUCGGGUUUGCGCAAUAGCAGUGAUCGCGAAAGUACCGGUGGAGAUUUAAACUUUAGUGAUGGCACUUGCGAGAAUGGACCAUGUAUAACAGUCGAUCCAGAUAGCAUCUCACUGGUCUCUAGUCAAAAUAUGUAUCAAUAUGGCACUCCAAAAGAACGUAGUCCAACUCUGUCACCACUGAACUCGGCCGCUUACUCGAGAUCCGUGGAACAGCUCGGCUCGCCCGUAGAGUCGGAUGGUCCUGGCGCUGUAGCGCGCAAAUUCGCACCAAAAACCGGCACACUAAGUGCACGUAACGGACGUGGCGGUACUUGGGGUAGCAUUUCACGUGUAUUCGCACGUUCGCGUAAUAAAAAUAAAGCACUCUCAGCAGAUGGCGCUGUUGAAUUAACUCCAUAUCUUUCAGACGCUGACUACUCAUGGAGUCCACUCUCCGAAGAGGGUUAUGCCGAGAAGUUGCGUCUACUGCGUGACGCCGCACAACUGCCCAUGGAAAGAUGGCGCGCCUCGCAAGUACUUGCCUGGCUGGAGGUGGCGCUCGGCAUGCCCCAAUAUAGCACGCGUUGUGCGGAGAAUGUGAAAAGUGGCAAGGUGUUGCUCGAAUUGAAUGAUGGUGAAUUGGAAGCUGGUUUGGGUUUGGUGCAUCCAAUGCAUCGCAAAAAAUUGCGUUUGGCCAUUGAAGAACAACGUAGACCAGAAAUGGUACGCUAUCCAAUGAUAACACAGCUCGGACACACUUGGGUGGCUUCCGAGUGGCUGCCCGACAUCGGUUUGCCGCAAUAUGCUGAUUCGUUUUUGCAUUCGCUGGUUGAUGCGCGCAUGCUGGACACGCUGUCGAAGAAGGAAUUGGAGAAGUUUUUGGGUGUGACGCGUAAAUUCCAUCAAGCCAGUAUUGUGCAUGGCAUCCACGUUCUACGCAUUGUGAAAUAUGAUCGCCAAACACUGGCCAUGCGUCGUGUACAAUCGGAAAAUGUGGACACAGAUCCAAUUGUGUGGACUAAUCAGCGUUUUAUACGCUGGGCGAGAUCGAUUGAUUUGGGUGAAUAUGCUGAGAAUUUGAAAGACAGCGGCGUGCAUGGCGGUCUUGUCGUAUUGGAACCAUCAUUUUCGGGUGAUACCAUGGCCACAGCAUUGGGUAUACCACCAUCUAAGAAUAUCAUACGGCGUCAUCUCACAACGGAAUUCGAUGCGCUCAUAUUGCCCGCAAGUCCUAAUUACCUUUUUUGUAACUAUGUUGUUAUGGUGAUAAUAUGUUACAAAGUCCUCAUAUUCAUUAUUAUUUGAAAUUUUACUAUAACAAGAUUGGACUCUUUUGAAUAAUUUUUAUUUGGAAUCGAUGCAGAAUUUUGAAAAAGUCCGUCUAUAUCAUAUGGAGGCGAAAAAAAAAUAUUACACUUAUGGAUUGCAUGAAUGAAGUCACAAAGGCAUUGCGAUACAGACGAUAAAAGCCAAACAAUAGCAAAAAAAAAAAAAACAAAAACAAAAUUACAGAAUAUAUGUUCAAACGUAUGUGCAUAAAACAUAUAUACGAAGUAAAUAAAUUAAAAUGAGCAUAAAUCUAUAUUUUACAGAUUUUUGAAAAAUUGUAUAUAUUAAUGCAAAUUUUUAAAAAUCGAAGUCUCGCUAACUCGAUGUUUUUUGUGGAAUAUGGUGAUUUCAGUUAGAGAAGUUCCACUGUAUUUUUCAAAGUGGCAAAAUACAAUACAAUUUUGUUCAAUCUUUCCAUGGUACAAAAGUUUAUUUUUUAUUUUUAAAAUUGUGGUUCCCAAGCUACUGUAUUUAUAACUCAUCAACCGUUGAUCGGAAACAAAAAAGUUAAAGUAAUAUUUUUUAGGAUAUUUUAGCAAAAAAAAAUAUAUGCAGUCAUGUGAAGAAUAAUAGGGACACUUGCUUGAAAAUAGGUAAAAAAUAAAAUAAAAAUAUUAUCAAAAAAUAACAUGCAAUUGUUUACUGGGAUGUCAGUGAAGUAAAGAACCGUUACCAAAGAAAAAAUGUUGAUCAUUUUGUAAAGUAAGAUCGUUUAUGAGUGUGCGAAAUAAUAGGGACAUGUGUCAUGUGUCCCUAUAAUUUUUCACAUGACUAUAUAUACAGAAAUCAAAAGAAAUCAAAAACGAAUAAAAAUCCAUAUAAAUAAGCUUUCGAAAAAAGUAAAAAAAAAAAAUGAUAUUUUUUGUUGCAAUUUUUGUCACCAAACAAGAAUUUUGUGAACUCGAAAUAUUUAAAAUAUUAAGUUUAUUCUUCCGAUAGUUACGUAGAAAAAGGUCUCACAAAAUUUAAGACAAAUCGAUCAGAGCAAUCACGUUUAAAUUUACGCACUGUGACUCGCUCCAUUAUAUUAGCUACACCUUCUUCAAUAUUCGAGAUUUUUUUUCGUCCUGUCAGUUCGCGCCCAACAUACUAUAGUUGAUCGAAAACUCGAGUUUAUUGGAAUUUUUAGCAUAUAAAAUGAUGCACUAUGAACGAUUAUGGAAUUUACACUACCAUUUUUUUUCUUAAAUUCGCUGGGAACACCAAUUUUGUUUUCCUUAUUGAGAUACUUACAACACAACUGACAACAACUGUCCUGACGACCACUGCCAACAACCCGAUAUGAGUUCUUUAUUAUAGUUGAUUCACUUUAGUCCGAUAGCUUGCGACAGAAGCUUUUACGCAGAACAGUAAAUCUUCACAAAUAUUCCCAAUUCUAGCCUUGAUAAAUUCACCUUUCAACUGACUUUAUUUCCCAAAAUUUAUUAUUUGAAAUAUCCUGUGGCACUACUAUCAAUUACUUUUCUUCAAACUACAGAACAACAGUGAUACAAACAAGUAUCAAUUUCCACCUUCAUAAAAUAAUUGAAAUUUAGUGUGAUGAAAGUUGAGAACAAACAAAAAAUGUUGUAGAUUUUAACACAAAAACUAACCGAAAGCCGUUAGCAUAGUGAAAUCAAAUCUAUUUAUUAAGUAAUUCAUAAGUAAAAUGUGUGAAGAAAUGGCGUGUACUAAAUAUUAAUGUUGCUUGUUGUUGGCAAUAUGAUAACACCAUAGUGUAAAAAUUAUAUAUAAAAUUAUUGCACGAAGACUCUCCAUGCUAAAAUUUUUCUACUGAACGUAUUUAAAUUGAUAUUAUGUACCAUGUAAGAUAGAUAUUAUUCAAGUAAAAGAAAUAAUAAUUUUUGGUGUUGCAUUUUAAAUAAAAAAUAUAUAUCAAAUUAGUUAAAAUAAAAACGAAAUUGAAUAACAUAUAGCAAAAGAAAUACUUUAAAGCGUAACGAAAGGGAAGCAAAUAACGAUACACUACGAUGCAUUUUUCAAAUAGUUUUAAUUUACUGCAAUAAAAUACAACAAGUGUAAGAAAAAUAUUUAGUAUUUAAUAAAAAAAAAACAAUUUAAAUAAACUAGCAUUAUUUACAAACAAUUCAAAUCAAAUCAAAUCCAAGCAAAUCAAACAAAUCGAAAUAGAAGACUUUAACGUAAAUAAAUGUAGGGAAAUUUUAAAUAAAAAUAAAGAAUGAAAAUUUGAAUAACGAAAUAUUACAACAGCAACACUGCAACACUAAUUUAAGCAACAACAACAACACUGUAAAGCUUACAAAACUUACAAUUUCAUACAAUUUACUAGUGAAUAAAUUAAAAAACAAAAUUGUAGAACAGCCGGAAAAUAUUUCAUUUCAACGCACAUAGUACUUUAGCAACGUACAAACAAUUUUUAUGUAUUAUACACGCCGUUAACUAUAAGACGUAACGAAGAGUUAUAAAAUACUAAGAACAUAAAUAUAUAAUACAAAAAAAACAAUAUAUAGUAAAAAAUAGCUCAAAUCAAAUGCUUUAGAUACAAUUAAUUAGUUCAAAAUAGAGUUCAAAGCAGAAGACGUUAUUCAAAAGUAAAUUGAAAGAAGAAAAAAAAUCAAAAUAAAAUCAAAAUUCAGCGCGCAACUCCAUUUGUUAAAUAUGCUUAAAUCACACACAUCACGAACACCAAUAAAUCGUUGAAUAUGCAUACCAACAGAGCCAUGCUGUUGUACUUACAACAACAAUUUACUCGCUUACAAUAUACGUACAAGCAUACUGCAAGCUCACUAAAGUGUACUCGUGUGCACACAUACAUAGUACUCGUACAUAGUUAUUACAUACCAUAUAUGUAGAUGUGCUCGUGUGAUAGCUGUAAAACAUAUUCGUAUAAUACUUACUAUGUGCAUAAUAAUACACUGUAACAAUAAUAAUAAAAUAGGAAAUGUAUUAAAUACACAAUAGUUCCGGAAUUCUAUGCUUGCCACAUACAAAUACAAACAACAACAAAGCACUCGAAUACAUUUAAAUGCUAAGCGCCACUGUAAGCAAGCUUACAUACAGUUAAAUUUAUAUAUGUAUGUAUGUAUGUGUGUGAGCCGCAGUCGUCGUCAUCGUUGUUUAACAAACAUUUCAUUUCCUUUAGAAAAUUUUCAUUUUGCCAAUAGCAUAAGAAGCUUAGUGCAGCUUAAAUUGAGGUACUCGUUAUAAUGUGUAUUUGCAAUGUUAUUUGCUUGCUUUCGAAAUUCCUCACUCUCUCUCUCUCUCUCUCUCUCUAUUUAUUGAGAAAUUAUUGCCGUGCACUAGCAGUUAGUGUUUUUUUAUUUCAUUCCAUAUCAUUUUUAAGCUUUAUGUGGAUUUGAGGUUUUUAAUGUAAGCCGUUUUAAUGUAAACUAAGAUGUAAUGGUAAAAACUAAAGCUAAUUGUAGUACAUAGAAAUCGAUGGAAUAAAUUAAAAUGUAUGAAUAUGGUUGGAUGUAUUUAUUUGUUAGUACAAAUGUAUACAAAUAUUUUAAUUGAUUUGUGAAAAACUACGUGGUAGGUGUGUUGGUGAUUAUAAAAUAUAUUUAGAAUACCCAAUGGAGUUCAAAAAAAGUUUUAGGUCAGAAAAAAUAUACUAGAAAACACCCAAUGACCUCUUCAUCUCAAACUGUUUCUUAAAAUAUUAAUAAUUCACAAUUGAUUUUAAUUAAGCCAUUUUCUGGCAAUUUUUUUCGAUAAAAGGCAUUUCACUAUGAAACUAAAAUCAAUUUAUUUUGCAUGUACAGUGCGUAUGAGUAACUAAAAUUUUGAAUAUGCAUAUUUUUAAUAUUUACAGCAUUUUUAAUGCAAUCAAAAAAUUCACCAUAAAUCAAAAUAAUUUAAGCAUGUCCAGCGCAUAUGAGACAACUUCGUUGACAUGACUUUGUGUAUAACUGGUGUGUGUGCACCAUGGCGUAUGCGUAAGCCAAAUUUGCAUACUAAAACAUAUUGCUGCGGGCAUUAAUAACAAAAAUCUAAAAUAUUACAAAUAUUAAUAAUUAAUACACAAUUGUUGUGAAUUUAAAGAUUUAAAAUUAAUUUUUGAAAUAUUAACGCCAAAACAGAAAUUUUAUAAAAUUGUAAUAAUGUUACUCAUACGCAACGUGUAACCUGCAGGCCGUACAUACUAUAUGAUAGUAUACAAUUUGAGUAGAACGUGUUUUGAGUUAAAUAUGAAUUAAUUCAUUGUUGCUGAUCAUUAGAAAAGUUUAAAGUACUAAUUUUGCAAAUUUAAUCGUUUUAAAUUUUAUUAUUUUCGUUAAUGAAUUAAGAAUUUGUUUUAAAUAUUUAUAGUUUUAUGGUUAUAAUAAGCACAAAGCAUUCAAAAAUUAAAUAAAAAUGGUUUUAUGCAAGAAGCGGUGGUCGAAUUCGUACUUAAAACCCUUAAAUUAGAAACUUUUAUUUCAUAUUUUCUUUAAUUAUGAACUCCAGAGUAUGGAAUUUCAUAAGUGGAAAUAGAAAAAAGCUAAAAAUUUUAUAUUUAUUAUUAUAUAAUAUAUUAGCAAAU